UAACUUUUGGUUUAUGUUAAGUCUGUGACAAUGGUGAAAUGUAGUAUUAAGACAGGUUAAGACAAUGGUUCUUUAUAUGUUUCUAUCUGAAUGAUUUCAAGGUUCAAAUAUGGACAACAUCAUUAUUAUUUGUCAUAAUAUUUUGGGUUAUUUGGUAUGGUAUAAAUAGGGAGCGCAUACGUGACCCAGAUUACUCCAUUAAGAAAAUUGGUGAGAGAGAGCAGAAAUGGCAUGUAUUUAACACUCUUUGUCCUUAUAACCUUCUUCAUGAUAAGUGAUGAAGACAGGUGCAUGCAACAAUUGAAGAACACAAAUGAGAUGACAUCGAAUAUGUCCGCUUGUGAUAUUGCAAAGUGUGAUUACUGUGGGAAAGAUUGCUCAGUUUUCACUUCUAAGUUAGGGUCACAUGUUGGAAGGAAAUUUUUUAAAUGUUCAAUGAAUUGCCCCUUCUUCAUGUGGGUUGACCAUCUUAAGAUGUGUGAGUGUGGGAACGGUCAGUGUAAGGUCAGAACUGCGAAAACAAGUGCAAAUUAUGAUCGAUAUUUUUGGUGCUGUCCACAAUCAACUGGGGUUGAAAACAAAGGUUGUGGAAUGUUUGAAUGGAUAUCAAGUUCAAGCCCAAGUUGUGAUACUUACCAGACUCCACCUAGGUCCCUAUGCUCAGAAACAUCAACUUCAUCAUCUCCUUCCCCUUCAUCAGACUAUAUCAAAGGAUACUUGAACGGUGCAAUAAAAGAAUCUGAGGAUCAUAUGAGGAUGUUGAGAGAUGUUCUUGACAUAGUCAAGAAGCUUGAUUUAAACAAAAAUGUAUGAUGAACUUUUAUGGAAUUUUUUAGAAAGAAAAGUCUGAAGGCAUUGUAAUGAUAUUGAGUUCAUUAUCCAUUUUUUUUUUU